AUGCAGAUAGGUCAAACAAUUGUAAAUGUUGGACCUAUAACAAAUUUCUCUGCAUCUUAUGGAGGCAACCAGGAAGAUUAUCAUACCAACAAUGCUAUGAAUAUAGCAGUUCAACAAUUUCAACCGCUCCAGAUACAUUCUCAGAAUCGGGAGCACCGAUCUUCCAUGCAGCCACAGGCUCAAGCCGGAGACAUGAAUCUAAGUUCUGUGCCAUCUCCCAUCCAAGAACACAAUGCUUCUUCAGGCACAUCAUCAGAGUUAGGAAACACUUUUUUUAAGAAAAUCGAUGAUUUACCGGAUUCCGGUCGAUCUGCUGGACAUCUACCCAACAAGACUAUAGAGAGACGCAAUUUCAGCAGGAAUGUUAUCAAUACUCGGCCUUCGGUUCAUUGCCGCAGCAUAUGUCGCCAAAAUACUGCUCUGCCUUUGAAGGGUGAGCAGUUCCCUCAGAACCAUAGAAAAACUGUAGACAUCAACCUUGUGAUCAUAAUCCUUAUUUACUCCCAAUUGGAGAGUUUCUAUGCUGAACAACUCAGGAUCCAUCCAUCAGAGGUGGCUAAUGCCGCUGACGCCCGCCACUGUCAUACCAAGAAGACGCACUGUACCGAUGUUCAGUGCAAGAAUCGAGUCGAUACCCUCAAGAAGAAGUUUAAGAUCGAGAAGGCCAAGAUUGCUGAGUCUAGUGGAACCACCUCGUCGUGGCCUUUCUUUUCUCAUCUUGAUGUUUUGAUCGGCUCUAGUUUUAACAAACAGCAGCAGAAAUUCAUGCCUUCGUCGAUCCCAUUGGCAUCUCAAUCGACGUCGUCCUUGUCUCUGCUGUCACCUCCGAUGGCUGUUCCGUUACCGUUUACUAAGUUUCUGUCUGCGAUGUUUCCUACAUCCGUAUUCAUCUCUGUGACCGCCACCAUCAACUGUGGAUGA